UUUUAUUCUGACUGCAAGGAGAACGGUCAACUCGUUCACACACAACAACAAAAAAUACGAAUUUGGUGUGAAUAUUAUUGAAAGCCCCAUUGGUUCGAACAGCUGUGGUCACAUUGCACGAUUCCGCUAUUCUGAUUGGCGUAGGAUUUUCUUCCAAUUGAAAUGUCCAAUCACGGCACGGUUUGCGAGAGUGGCUUUAUUUGAGUUCACCUUCUCACGUGUCCGGACGCAUCCUAGGAGAAGGUUAUUUUGUCGCCAAGUAUAAUUUCUAAAUGAUCCAUGGGGAUGUUUCUGUUUCUUUGACUGUGGUCAGGACUCGCAUCCCAUGGUGCAACGUGAAACGGGAGUCCUAGCCUGCCGACCGAAGCUGUCAACAGAAAGCCUACACCACCACCACCAGUUUUUGCAUCCAUCAUCAGCCAAAACAUUCAGAAGGGCUGCUUCCAGAUGUCUCUGCUAGAAGAUAUAUUUGAUCUGUUGCAAAAUGUCCUUGAGUAUUUCGGAGUCUCUCCUGACAUGCUAAUUCCAGUGUGGGAGAGCCAGUUGUGCGGUCAGUACCGGAGCCUGGUGCGGAUGAUCGGGACCAACCUCCCAUUGACCCCGUCUCCACGUAUCCACUUCCAGAUUCCUCUACACACCUCCCGACAGCACAGAUACCUGGACAUCACCAUGGAUACCCUCCCCGCUAUCCCCUCCUUGGCUGACGUGCUCUGGGUGGCGGAGGAUGAGGGAGACCGCUUCACCAAGAUCAGGCACCGCGAGCGUCCGUCCCGACAGGGUGCUGUGAGUCGGGGCGAUGAGGUGGUGCUGGCCCCUCCACGUCCAGGGGGCCGAGGGUUGGAAGCGGUCCGAGCCCAGCCAGGAGACAUGAUGCUGGGGCACAGAUCAGAUCCAGUGGCUCUGCGGAAGAUCACAGCCCUGGAGGACGAGCUGCUCAAACUACGAGCUCAGAUUGCCAUGAUUGUCACCGCGCCACCCUCAGCCCAUUCCCAGAACCUUCCGGGUACCCCUGGAAUGUCCCCUGCCUCUGUCCUCACCUCCACCCCUUGUCGCCCUCCACCUCCUCCCUGUCCUCCUCCACCUCCUCCCUGUCCUCCUCCACCCAGCUCCUCUGUUGGUCUGUCUGCGGUGGAGAAUCUAAUCCAGCACGGCAGGGAGGCCGGUAAAGGUCAUGCCCAGGGGAAGAGCCAUGAGGCUGGGCAGGUUGGACUACUACAGUCCCAGGAUAAGGCGGUAGGACAGGGCCCGGUCCCCACCAUGCUGGAUGUACUGAAUGAACUGAACCAGGUGAAACUGCGCUCCGUGCAGAGGUCGCCCGGGGGAACGCCGGUGCGGAGGAGGCGGAGCAAGGGUGCGGCGUUGCUAAGCGACCCGGCCUCCAUGAUUGCCGAGGCCCUGAGGAGGAAGUUCGCCCACCGUCGCCUCAACGACUCGUACGACAAAGAGAACCGCUCGGUAGAGCUCUCGCCGUUCGGCAGCCCCGAUACAUCGCCCUGUAUCCCCCAGCAUUCCAAGCGCAGCCAGGGACUACUCCACCUGUGACCUCUGACCUCCAAGGUCAACUAAACCAGCAGCCUAUCGCUUCGCCAACCGGGAACACCGAUGCCUCCCCGCCGACUACUAUGGCAACUGCUGACUGAGUGUGCGUCCCAAUAAUACCUCCUUUCUCUUGAAGUGUACACUUGUUCGCUACUUUUAGAUUAGGGAAGUGAACAAGUGUACGUUUUAGGAGGAAGGAGAGAUAAUUGGUGUUCUAUGAUGCGUCCCAUCAGGUAUUGUUUAUAUAAAGGGACCAUUGAUAUUGAGAGUAAUUGAUUUGCAUGUAGUCAUUUUUAAUUGUGUCUAUAUAUUUAGCUGUAAAUACACUAUAUGACCAAAAGUAUGUGGACACCUUAUCCAACUGAAGGUUGGCUUGUGUGGCUUAUCACUUCACGGCUGAGCUGUUGUUGCUCCUAGGCGUUUCCACUUCACAGCUGUAACAGGGCAGAAAUUUGACGAACUAACUUGUUGGAAAGGUGGCAUCCUGUGACGGUGCCACGUUGAAAGUCACUGAGCUCUUCAGUACAGAUCAUUCUACUACCAGUGUUUUCCUAUGGAGAUUGCAUGGCAGUGUGCUCGGUUUUAUACACCUGUCAGCAACGGGUGUGGCUGAAAUAACUGAAUUCACUCAUUUGAAAAGUGUCAUACAUACACUAUAAAUACAUGAAAUGGCUGAAUUCAAUCAUGGGGUGUCCACAUACUUUUGCAUAUAUAGUGUAGACAUACCGAUGUUUUUCUGCUUUGCCUUAGUUGUAUUGUUUUGGUCCAGUUGAAUGAUUUCUAUUAUCUAGGAUUUCUGGGUCAUAUUCAUUAGUGCACACUGUAGCAAAACCUUUUGCCACGGAUAACAAAAACGAGCCUAUCUUAUUGGACAACCUUAGCUUCUACCUACCUACCUCCCUUGUACAAUUUUAAAGUAAUGAUCUAUAAUUAUAAUAUGGACAGACUGCUCUCUACUCUUAUCAAAAUACUCUUGUCUUUUGUUUUA